CAGAGAGCGGAGAGCCGCAGCGCCGCCAGCCAACCACCUUGCCGCCUCCCAUCGCACAGGAACGACGCACAGAAAGAGACCAACAGAGGUCCGGGUGGUCUCGAACUGAUGGGUCGCAAACCUGCAUGCCGCGCCGCCGUCUCCAUGGCGCCGCCCCCGGCGCGCGCCCUGCUGGUUCUCGCCGCCGCCCUCACCGUGAUCGUCGCGGUGCCGGUGCCGGCGCCGGCGUUGGCGGCGUGGGUGGACUACCCGUCGGGGGUGCCGUGCGGGGAGACGUUCCCGGUGGAGCAGUGCGACCCCGGGGACGCGGCGGCCAACAGCGCGUGCAUGGACAUGUGCCACUACGGCGGGUGCCGGCGCGGCGGCCAGUGCGUGUCCCUCAGCUUCGGCCGGGGACGGGGCUGCCACUGCAAGUGCUAGCAGGCCUCUGCUAGCCCUGGCGCCGGAGCUUUCGUAGCACACUUACACUAGCGUACGGUAGGCGCCGGGGGUAGUGUACUAUGUUGCCCGGAUAUGCGGAUACGGAUACCGGUAUGCAAUACGGGGAUACUCCGAUACGCUAUUUUUCCAAAAACAAGGACACGGUGAUACACUAAUAUAUAUAAAAAAUAAAAAUAAAUAAAAGUUUCAGGAACUAGAAUGUGAGAAAAUAGAAGUUACAGGAACUAUAAUGCGUCAUAAACUCAUAUAUUCAUAUGUUCUAUAAUUAUUAGAAAAGAAAAGGGGCAAAG